AUGCCUUCACUUCAGUCAAUUCCAGCAACAGCAAGAACGAGCAAUUUAUUUAUUGGUGACAAAUCAAACUUCAUCGACAAACAUGACGCGAACAACUUUGUUGGCGCGACAGAGUCAAAGACAGGUUAUGAAGACAUGCUGAGAAGCCUAUUUCAAAGCACGCCAUUGAUCGAAGGCUGGAGUUGCAAUUGGCCAGUCUCAGAGGUAGAAGAGGUGUCAAAAUCAUGUUCUACCAGAUUAGUAUUUCCAAAGAAUGAUCUUUUGACUGCUGCAUGCUAUAAAAAUGGUUUGACUGUGGCGCUGAUGAAAACAGCCUGGUCGCUUGUUCUUCAUGCGUACACAGGAGCCGAAAAAAUUUGUUUCGGAUACACUUCUCCUAUCGAAGCCCCUCAUAUCUUUGCAUGUGAUGUUUCAAAUAUCCAUACACCUGCAGAGCUCAUAAAGCUGGCACAAGAACCUCAAAGGAGCCAGGCGUUUCCUCUGCCGUAUAGUGAGUUGGACACAGCUGUUUGCAACACUACGCUGUCAGUCCUAGGUAAUGAUGGCCUGGGAAUCGCGGAAGAAUCUCUGCAGCUUUUAAAGCAGGUAAGUGAUGUAAGCACCAUCUAUGCUAUUGUCAGCAUCGGGGAAGGGGAGGUCAGACUGGAUCUCAAUCAUUCUUAUCCCCAAGUGCCUAUCGAAUUAGCUCGGCAUGUACUGCGAAAUUUCCAAACAAUUCUCCAGUUGAUCGCUAGUCAUCCGACAAAGCCAUUUUCGGAUCUCGAAAUUCUCAGCGAGCAGGAAAAAUUGCAAAUAUUGCGAUGGAAUGAGAACAUACCACCGCCGCUCCAACAAAAACUUCACGAAGCUUUUACUGAAAAAGCGUUGGACAAUCCAAGUGUUCCAGCAGUCUCUAGCUGCGAAGGAGAAUGGACAUACGCCAAACUAGAUCAUGUCUCUACUCACCUGGGCGAUCAUAUUGCAUCUUUGCAUGCCGGUGACUUGAAGUCUCAGUCAGUCCUGCUUUGCUUUGAGAAGUCAUGCACCGGAAUUAUUGCAAUCCUUGGAAUUUUGAAAGCCGGUCUCACAUGUGUUCCAGUUAAUCCAGAGAGCUGCCUCGAGACAUUUAUCGAGGAACUCAACCCUCAGCUGCUCUGUGUUUCACCGACCCAAGCCAAUAGAUACACUGACUUUAACGGGACGGUCCUGAUUGUUACUGCAGAACUACUGCACUCUCUCACUAUUUCUGAGAAAAUCUCAAAAUUGCCUUCUCAGAGCAGCAAUGAUGUCGCAUUCAUACAAUAUACCAGCGGUGUGACUGGAUCACCCAAAGGUGUGAAGCAAGGGCACACCGGCUUAUAUACUGGAAUCCUCGCGCAAGGACAGGCAUUGGGAUACGACGUUGAUUCAAGAGUCUUGCAUUCAAACUCAUACAGUACAUCAACCGGAAUUGCGGAGGUGUUUGGUGCAUUUUUCUACGGUGGGUGUGUGGUCAUAAUUCCUGAGGAGGAAAGCAUAGAACUCGCCGCGGAGAUGAUCAAUGAGCAAGGGGUUAGUCAUGUAUGCCUCACGCCCACUGAAGCCAGGGACUUGGAGCCCAUGGAUCUUUGGCAACUUCGAGCUGUUACCCUCGCGGGUGGAGGUUUUGUGCAAGAGGACGUGGAGAAAUGGGGACUGGAAACGGAACUAAUCAGAACUUAUGGGACUGCAGAGACAUGUGUCCACGUCUCAAAAUCUAAAGCGUCGUCACCCUAUCUCUUUGACCCAUCUUACCUCGGAGUUCCAAUUGUAGCAUCCUUUUGGGUUGUCGAGCAAGGGAAUAUCCAGCGAUUGGCCCCUGUUGGUGCAGUAGGCGAGUUGGUGAUCGGUGGACCGACAUUGGCCCUUGGCUAUGUGGAAAGCACCCUAGCUCCCACGGAACGGUUUCUUGUCAAUCCUGAUUGGGCUAUUUCAAACCGUGAAAACAGUAAGCAGCGCUUCUUUGUGACUGGUGAUCUUGUGAGAAAUCUCGGGAACGGCGAGUAUGUCUUUUGUGGACGGAAAAAGGAAACCGGCUACGAUGAAACCAGAUUUGAUAACAUCAACGAAAAUAUCAUUCCAGAAAUACCACCACUUAGCCUCCUUGGCUCUAAUAAAUUGGGAGAGGAAGCAAUGGAAGCAGCAUUAUCUGUCUGUAAAGUCAGCUCAGAUAUGAUCGAGGACAUCUACCCUGCCACCCCGAUGCAAGAGGGGUUAUUUGCCCUCUCAAGCAAACAACCGGGAGGUUUCGUGAAGCAAGAUAUAUUUGAAUUGCCUUUGGAUCUUGACCUAUACCGAUUUCGUAAGGCCUGGGAAGAUACCAUUGAUCAGUCCCCCAUUCUGAGAACAAGGCUGUUUAUGACAGACUCUUUGCGCGUUCUACAAGUGAUUGUCUCACAAUCGCCAUCAUGUCAGGAUAUCUUUGAUCUAAGAUCAUACCUGGAGCGGGAUCUUGAUAAAUCCAUGCUCUGGGGAGAGCCUCUCUUUCGAUACGCGAUCUCUGCGACACCUAGCCAGAAACCACAAUUGGUUGUGACUAUUCAUCAUGCUCUUUUCGAUGGCUGGACACUAGGCUUGAUUUUCGACCGUGUAAAACAGAACUUCGAUCGAAGCCCAGUGUCGAUCGGAGCCCCGUUCAAUCGUUUUAUCAAAUAUGCCCAAGAGGUAGAUCAAGAAAGGAUGGAUAAUUUUUGGAUGGAGCAAUUGGAUGACGCUAGUACGACGGUUUUUCCAGCUUUGCCGGCGGCAAACUACCAGCCCACUCCCAAUGAUACCUUUGAACAAAAUGUUUAUUUUCAGAAGAGCACAGACUCAUCAACCACAGUCUCCACUUUGGUGCAAGCUGCAUGGGCAUUAACAGUUGCAAAGUAUGCCGAUUCAAAUGAUAUCACCUUUGGGUGGACAAUGUCCGGUCGAGCUGCACCAAUCCCUGGCAUCGCGAACAUUAUGGGUCCAAUAGUGACUACUGUCCCCUUUCGCAUGCAAGUGCCGAAGGAUAGUAAGCUGGUUGCCUUCAUCCGGCAGAUUCAAAAUCAGUCGAUAAUAACAAUUCCCUACGAGCAAGCUGGUAUGUACCGCAUAAAAAACUUGACAGCCGGGACACAGACGGCAUGUUCGUUCCAGACAGCCUUGAUAGUUCAGUCCCUAGACACUGCGAAUGGCCUAGAAGCUCUUGGGUGUCGACGUGUGAAUGAUAUGCGGGACACAUAUCAACCUUACGCCCUGAACAUCGAAGUUGGUUUGCAGGAUGGUGGGGCUAUGAUUAGCGUUUUGUUCGACAACAGUGUUAUCGAAAAGCCACAAGUGGAACGUGUGGUCAACACGUUUAGCGAGACUCUCCGGAAGAUCAGCAUUGAAAGUUCUGAUGUUACUCUUGAUGACGUUGUAACCAUCACUACUCACGACAUCAACGAGUUGAACACUUGGAACCAAGUCCAUUCAAAUCCAAUCAAAGAAACUAUAAAUCAAGCCUUCGACGAACAGGUUUUCCUGAGCCCAAAUUCCCCAGCAAUAGCAUCCUGGGAUGGAGAUUUGACUUACGCCGAGCUGAACUCUCUAUCUAACAGACUUGCAGAUCAUCUACUUACUCUGGGCGUAAGCAUAGAAAUAGCAGUGCCACUUCACUUUGAAAAAUCUAAGUGGGCAGUUGUCUCCAUGCUAGCUGUGCUAAAGGCUGGAGGAACCUGUCUGUCGUUUGAUGUGUCCCAUCCACCUGAUCGUCUCUGCGCCAUGGUGAAAGCAGUGAAUACUAGCAUUAUGCUCGUUGGGAAAGCGCCACCCUCUAAGGUUGCUGAAUGUGUUGAUAUAAUUGUUUCCGUCGAUGAAAAGUUAUUCGAAAUCCUUGGCGAUCAGGAUCUCAGACAGUCGAAGUCUGUAGCGCCACACAACCGUGCAUUCAUAGUGUUCACUUCCGGGUCGACAGGAAAACCGAAAGGAAUCGAGCUUGAACACAAGGCCGUCUGCACAAGUUCGCGUAGCUACGCGGCAGCGGCGGAUAUUGGACUUCGCUCGCGUUGCCUUCAAUACUCCUCAUUUGCUUUUGAUGUUCAAAUUACCGACAUCUUCUCAGCUUUGAUGUCCGGUGCGUGUUGCUGCAUUCUAUCUGAAGAAGAUCGCUUGAACAAUUUGUCCCAGGCAAUCAAGGUUCUCGGCGUCAACCAUGUUGAUAUUACCCCAACAGUAGCGAAUAUGCUAGAUCCCAAAACCGUACCUAAUCUGAAAAGUAUCGUUGUCGGUGGUGAGGCAGUGACUACUGAAACUGCUCGUCGCUGGGGUGAUCGGGUCAAGCUCAUCAACAUGUAUAGUCAGUCAGAAACAUCAAAUUGGGUUACCCACCAUGUUCUUCGUGCGGACACAAAACAGCCAUCCAAUAUUGGGUUUGGCGGUGGUGUCUGUACAUGGGUUGUUGAUCAACAUAACGAUUCGCGAUUGGCUCCAAUUGGUUGUAUUGGAGAAUUGUUCGUUGAAGGUCCAGUUUUGGCUCGCGGCUAUUUGAAUGACCUUGAAAAAACAGAAGCAUCAUUUGUCAUUGAUCCUCCAUGGCUACCUACCACGCCGUCUUCGCACUCAGGGAGGCGAAUCUAUCGCACCGGUGAUCUCGUUCGAUAUAACAGCAACAGUACUCUUGUUUACGUUGGUCGGCGGGAUGCACAGGUCAAGCUUCACGGUCAGCGAUUGGAACUCACAGAAGUAGAUCAUAAGAUGAUGGAGAUUUCACAUGUUAAGGCGUGUCUGGCAGUGUUUCCCAAGGUUGGUCUCUGCCAAAGAAGAUGUGUUGCCGUUCUCUCUCUUCGAGACUUCGGGGCGGAUGAAUCUGAGUCGGUGCAAAUAAUAGAUUCGUCACAUGAUAACUCACGUCGCGUUGAAAUAUCCGCUCAGCUUACAGCAAUUCGUGAUCGUCUUUCAGAGUCACUGGCUAGGUGGAUGGUUCCAAGUUUCUGGAUUGUCGUGGGUAACCUGCCCACAAAUUUGAGCGGCAAGCUAGACCGCAACAAGGCUCAAUCAUUUGUGGAGAAUCUUAGUAUGGACGAAUUCCAGCAAGCAUCCGAUCACAUUGCGGAUGUCCAGUUCCAGAUGCCCAAGACCUCGAUGGAGGUCUUUCUGCAAGGUAUUUGGGGCUCUAUAUUGAAACUUCCUUUGGACCAUAUCAGCGUUACAGCUUCCUUUUUGCACCUUGGGGGAGAUUCAAUCACUGCUAUGCAGGUUGUAUCCAAGUGUCGGGCUGAAGGUGUGACAUUAUUUGUCCAUGACUUGUUUACUAGCAAGUCUCUCUCUGAGCUUGCCAAUGUUGCAGAUGCAUUAUCCAAAUCAAAAUAUUCGACUGGCUGGAUCGAGCAACAAGGUUUCCCCGAUACUCCAUCGGAAAGCAAACUGUCGGCUCGUGAUACAGCCAUACCUGAUGGCCUGUACGAUAGCAUUCUCAAUCAGGCAUUUGUCAAGUUAGAAAACGUCGAGAGAGUAGUACUGGCCUCCGACUACCAAGUUUCGGCAUUAGAGCAAACUUUACUUAGCUUCCGCGGUGAUCUGACAUAUCACACAUUUGAUAUUCCGAAACCUGUCGACUUCACUCGCCUGGCCCUGUCUUGCGUGGAACUUGUCAAUUGUCAUCCUCUUUUGCGAAGUGUUUUUGUUGCUCACAAGCACCAGGUUUACCAAGUUACACUGAGAUCAAGCUUCGUGAAUCUAACGGACAGAAUCAAUCAGCCUGGACUUGCUAAAUUGAUUGAAGAUGAUCGAAAAGCGAGAUUGUGCCUUGGGCAGCCUAUGGUCUGGUUUAAACUACUUCGAAGGGGUCCGUCACAUGAUUGUGAAUCUCUUGUGAUACGUCUUCCACAUUGUUUGUAUGACGCAUCCACUCUGGCUUCUCUCUCCUCAGACCUAGAGCAAGCUUACUUCAGCACCAACUCCCUUGAAGAACCAGUCGAUAGUUCACCUUAUAUCACAUAUCGUGAAGAAUUAUAUUCGGAAGCUCUGAGUUACUGGCGUCAGUAUCUCGAAGGUAGCACUGUGAGUCGAAUAGUCACCAAACCGGGACCUCCCUUUCGGUACGGUGGACAGCACAUUUUAUCGUCCAAGUUCCAUAUUCAUUCCCUGAAAAACUAUGGGAUCACUUCUGCAACAGUGGUCAAGGCUGCCUGGGGGCUUGUCUUGACUGAGCUUCAUGGAAAAAACGACGUUAUUUUUGGCGAGAUUGUAGGAGGUCGCGCUAUGGCUGUGUCGGGAAUCGAUUCCCUUGAUGUUGUCUGCGCAUCAACUGCCCCAUUACGUAUUAAGAUCGACUUUUCAUGCACUGUUCUUGAUCUCCUUCAAAGCAUCCAAGAGAGGCAGCUCGCCAGCAUGCCAUUUGAGUUUAUGGGAGACUCAACUAUCGCGAAUGAGUGUACUUCUUGGCCAAGAUGGACCGGCUUCGGCUCUGUGAUUAAUCAUAUUGCAUUACCGGCAACAAAUCACAUUGGAGACAAGGCAUUUAAAGCAACAGGUAUUCAUGGAAAUCUAAACCCGAGCUCAGACCUGAAUAUCCAGUGCCAUCCUCUUCAUGUUACCUCGGAGUCAGACCCCAACUUUCAAGUCCAGAUUACAUUCGAUCACGAUAACAUUGCACCUGUACUUGUGGACAAAAUCCUGCAUCAUUUCUGCAAGACCAUCCGCUAUUUCACCACGGACGUGACAUCAUCUCUGGAUAGCCUGAGAGAAGGCCAGAUCGAUGGUCAAACUCUGCGACAUAGUUGCAACACUGAGCUCCCUAAUGGGCCCAUAGAGGGCUUUAUUUCAAUCCCAACAACGGAAAGUAACACUGAACAGAUAUUGGAGAAAGUUCGGUCCGUUUGGAAGACAGUCAUUGGCCAGAGUCACGAGAUGGAUACAACAUUCCUCGCUCACUGGGAUGCUCUCAUAGCUGCAGCCCAUUUUGUAGUGGAAUAUCAGCAAUAUGGUUUCGAUGCCACUAUGGAGGAUAUUCUCCAAGCUCAGACGAUUCGAGCUCAGGCUAAUUUAUGGGCAAAUAAAAGAAGGGAUGUUACCUUGGGUGGUCUUGGCUAG